GCGUCAGACGACGUAACACUUCGAGGCAAUAUAAAAGUUACAUACUCACACAAAGGACAAACCCAACAACUGGAUUUGAGUUUUACGUUAAGCGCGUCAGACGAUGCAACGCUUCGAGGCAAUAUAAAAGCUACAUACUCGCACAAAGAACAAUCCAGGCUUGCUAACAAUAUACGUAAAGCAUACCUCAUUACCAAGAGCGUUAAAC